UUUUAGGUGGCAGACGAUAGGCUGAAUUUAUAAUGGAAGAUUUAUCAGAAGAUCCGGUACCGGUAAACAAUACCAAUGAAAGUAACAACGAAUGCGAGAGCCUCUUUCAUGUGUACCAUCAAAUAAUGUAUUACCCUUUUGCCAGAGCAAUUUUACCUUUGAUUUAUAUACUUCUUGCAGUGUGUAUAUCUUUGAACACCCUGAAUAUGGUAAUGAUUGCAAAAUCAAAAAUAUUGCGUCAGAAACACAACAUAUUUAUCUUUCUGUUGGCAUUGUCGGAUUGCGUGGGAGUUUUCUGUCUUACUGCAGUGACAGUCCAGUUAAGCGGCCACAUUUUUCAUCCCUAUGCAUACGUUUUUUCCUAUGGGUUCUUGCUAACGUCUUCGUCCACUGUAUGUGUCGUCGCUCUUGAUCGUUCGCUGGCACUGGUCUGGGCGCCGUUACGAUACGCAUCCAUAGUCACAACAAAUGCGUGUAAAUUCGCGUGUGUAGUUCUUCUUGUUUGUCCAACAACAUGCCUCCUACUUGCUUCACAUGUAAGCUUUGAUCUUAUGAUCAAUGUUUACGCAGUGCUUACUCUGGUUAUUAUUUUUCUCAACGGGUUUCUAUAUACAAAUAUAUACUAUCAAUUAUGCAAACAAAGAGAAAACUUCAAUGUUUCGUCACAAGAGAUGACAGAAUUAAAGAAACUGCUGAAGACAUUUAGUAUUACAGUAGGAAUGUUUGCUAUAGCCUGGAGUCCAUUCGCAAUAAGCACAAUUAUGUUUAAUAUUAUUGGUGUGAACUGUAGAGCUAAUUCUUCUAUUCUUAGCAUGGUCCUUAUUACCAAUAUAAUGAGUGGAUUGAACACACUGGCUAAUCCGAUCAUAUACGCAUUUCGACUGACUGAACUUCGGAAAGGGUUGAAGAGUUUGUUUAUAUGCAGAAGAUCGAGCGUUUCUCCAUCAUUGUGGCUUUAA